AUGGAGAAUCAACAACCAGAACAACAAAAAACACAAGAAGAAGAACAACCACAAUUAAUUGAAAGAGAAAUUGAAGGUGUAACAGUUAUUCCACCACCAUUCAUUCAAGAUCCAAUAAACAGUGACACAAACAUUAUUCAAAAACAAGAGGUUGAACCAUUAACGGAAACAAGAGACGAGACAUCUCGUGAUCUUUUAAAAACUAUUCAUUGUAGAUUAUGUGACUGUAAAAUAUUAACUCCAAAUAAUGCUAAAUUAGUUGAAAAACAAAUUACAUUUAUUCAUAAAAAACAAAGUAAUACAGCAGAGCAAUUAAAAUAUAUGUGGUUUUUACCAGAUAUGUUUUCAUUUGAAAAUAUUGCAUUUUCCAAGGAUGUAAAUGCCACACAUAAAUAUUUAACAUGCGCAGAGUGUGAAGCUGAAGUCAUUGGAAUUCAUUAUAUUUCAUCAAAAGAAAAUUAUGUUGCACAUGAUAGAAUUGUUUAUAAAUAA